UCUAGUGCGCUGGAAGUAAAAAGUGUGUGCAAAUAGCAGCUCCCAAUGAGUUGCCUCUUACUUUUUUGACUCCACCGUACUGGACAAUUGCCGUCUUUGUUCUAUAUUUCGAAAUUUCACCAGUUGCGCUCAAACAAAGAUCAAAUAUAUUUUCGGUUGUUCUCUCUCUCUCUCUCUCUCUCUCUCAUCCGAGCUUCGAUUCCUGUAGAAAGAAUAGCGAAAUCUAAUGGCGGCGAAGCAAAUGGAAGAGAUACAGAAGAAAUUGGCGAUGCUGAACUACCCGAGAGCCAAUGCUCCCGCGCAGUCCCUUCUCUUCGCCGGCAUGGAGCGUUACGCCCUUCUCGAAUGGCUCUUCUUCAAGCUGUUAGGUGACAAGUCUCCAUUCUCUCAGCAAAAUCUGCAAGGGGACGGCAUGGAUCGGGACGAAGAGACCGCCCGUAUCCAAUAUUUAGCUGAGAUUGCAAAGUUUUUGGGUAUCACCAUGACUAUCGAGAUAGAAGCAAUUCAAGGAAGAGGAAGCUACGAAGAUCGAACUGAAAUGCUUCAGGUUAUUGUAGAUCUUGUAGAGGCAAGCAUCUAUGCUGAUAAUCCUGAAUGGAGUGUUGAUGAGCAGGUAACACGGGACAUACAACUAAUAGAUGCCAUCUCUGAAAGACAAGCUCAGAUUUUUUCCGAAGAGUGCAAGUUGUUUCCUGCAGAUGUGCAGAUUCAAUCGAUAUAUCCAUUGCCUGCCAUUUCUGAUUUGGAAAAACAGCUUGCAGAGCAGUCAAAUAGAUUCUUGAAUCUGCAAGAGAUGGUCGGUGACUUGGCAUCAAAGCAUGCUUACAACCCAGAUGAGGAUUAUGCGGAGGUAGAAGCAAAAUUACGUGAGCAUUUGGAAUCGUUCUUAGAAACUGCAAGAUCCUUCAAUACGAUUUACACCAAGGAAAUUCGACCAUGGACACACAUGAUGGAGGUACCACAGCUUCAUGGGUUUGGUCCAGCUGCUAAUCGCUUGUUGGAGGCAUACAAGAUGCUUUUGAAGUUUCUAGGAAACUUGAGGAAUCUUCGGGAUGCACAUGCAGCAGUGACGGUUGGUUCAUCUGAAACAAUUACUAGUGAGCCCUCUUCCGUUGCAAGAAUAAUCUCAGAGUGUGAGUCUGCAUUAACCUUCUUGAAUCGUGAUCUUGGGAUUCUAUCUGCAUCUAUUGCUCGAGAGCAAGGCAAGGAAGUGAAUCUCUGAUGCAAAUCUCAAACCAGCAGAUAGAAAUUACCCAAACCAAAACUCGCCUUAUGGGAACCCAUUGAAAAUCAAAAUGUAUGCGGUUUGUCAAUUGGUGAUCGAGUGGAUUGAGAUCUCUACACUAUCUUUUUGCUCUCUAGUUCAUGAAUUGUGUAAUCUAUCGUAAUUAGAGCAAUACAGUAUGCAUCUGAAUUCAAAAACCAAUUGGCUUUU